CUCCCUCUUACCUCUGCUUAACUCUUGUUUUUCUGUUCGCAAUACCCUUCUUAGGAUAUUUGACAGUCUCUUGGAUCUUGGAUCUAUCUUUGAUUUUCCAAUUACUCCCUUUCAUUUCUUCCCUGUCAUCUCCAAUUCCUUGCCGGUUUACCCCGCGCCGUUGAUCGUCAGUAUGGAUCUCGUCAACCACCUCGAAGGAAGACUGCUCUUCGCUGUCCCUAAAAAGGGCCGUCUUCAACAAGCUACGCUGGACCUCCUGGCCGGCUGCGACAUCCAGUUCCGUCGCGAAACCCGCCUGGACAUCGCUCUGGUCAAGAACCUUCCCAUCGCCCUCAUUUUCCUUCCCGCCGCAGAUAUCCCCACGUUCGUCGGUGAAGGCCGUGUUGAUCUCGGUAUCACCGGUCGCGACCAGAUCGCCGAACACGAUGCGCUGCUGCCCCGCGGCGAAGUCUCCAACGUGGAGGAGGUCAUGGACCUUGGCUUCGGCGGCUGCAAGCUCCAGGUGCAGGUCCCGGAGAAGGGCGACAUCACUGAGGCCAAGCAGCUGAUUGGUCGCAACAUCGUCACCAGCUUCACUGCUCUCACCGAGGCGUUCUUUGCCAAGCUCGAGGGCAAGAGCGAUGCUGACAAGAGCGAGCUCAGCACUAAGAUCAAGUACGUCGGCGGCAGUGUUGAGGCUGCUUGCGCUCUGGGUGUUGCUGACGGCAUCGUCGAUCUUGUUGAGUCCGGUGAGACCAUGAAGGCCGCUGGUCUCAAGGCCAUCGACACCGUCGUCGAGACCAUCUCCGUCCUGGUCAAGUCCAAGAAGACCCAGAACCCUCUGGUUGACCUGAUCGCUUCUCGUAUCCGCGGUGUCAUCACCGCCCAAAAAUACGUCCUGUGCCAGUACAACAUCCCCCGCGGAGAACUGGCCACCGCCUCCAAGAUCACCCCCGGCAAGCGCGCACCCACGGUGACCGCCCUGGAAGAAGACGGCUGGGUUGCCGUUAGCUCAAUGGUCGAGAAGAAGAAGAUCGCGACGGUCAUGGACGACCUGACCAAGGUUGGCGCAACGGAUAUUCUGGUCCUGAACAUCGCCAACUCGAGAACGGGUUAAGCUUGAAGUCAAUUUUCGUUGUUUUGCAAUUAUUUUUUUUUCUCUUCUUGUCAUGUAUAGGGCGCGCUUUUCACUUCUUUCGCAUUAUAUUUCUUUUUCUUCUUAUGAUCAAAAUAUUAUCGGCAUUCUAGAUGGUUAGACAGACGGGUAU